GUCCUGUUUUGAACAUGCUCGAACAAAUUUUGUGAUGUUAUGGACAUUUUUUAAUGAAAAUUCACAUAAAUUAUAGUAAUUAUGUUACACUCGUUGUGUAUUGUGUUUAUUAGGAAGGAGGAUAAAAAUAUUGUGCCACCAUCAUUAACCAACAAGGAAAUUAUUAUGGGUGAUUCGGUAAGUACUCGAUUUAUUUGUUGUUUUUCACUGGUCCCUUGAAAUAUCUCUAAACGCACUGGAUUCAACCGUUUCUCGAUUUGAAGUCAAUGAGCGAAGAAAGCAUGAAUAGUGUCAAAGCUUUAAUCAAAGUUUCGAGUGCCUUGGGUGUUAAAACAAGGAAUUUCUUCAAACUAACAUGAGUCUUUCGAUGUUGUGAACGAUUGUUGUUAGUGGAGGUUCGAAUGAUUUGGCCUCUAAGAUGAGGUUGUAAUAAGAUUGGUCAAAUUAACAUAAAGGUUAGUAGUUAUUACAUGAAUGAUACCUCACAUGCAUGUACACCCACUAAUAAUGCCAAAGCUUUGAUUAGAACUAAGAUUCAUAAAUUAUUGUUGAAUUGGAAUGCGAUUAUUUUGUAAGCAUUUUAAAUUUGGAAUAGUUAUUUUCAUACCCAUAAGAGACCGACUACGUGGAUUUACAAUUAUCAUUAGUUUUAUUUAUGAUUCAAUCAUAAAUUAAUGAAAACAUUUUUAAAUAUAACAACUAAUAAGUACAACAAACUAUUUAUGGUAAUUAACCAUAUUAAUAAUUCACAUACUAAUCAAUAAUAACUCAUGUAAUCGUAGUUCUAAUCACAAAUUCUUUUGCAUACAAAUAAAUCACACAAUUUUUUUAUUUUGAAUAUCUGAAUCACAAACACCAAACCAUAGAUCACGAAUUCUAAUUUGUAAAUUACAUGUAUAUUCACAUAAUUUUUUUAAAAGACUGGUCUGACCAAUGAGCGAACCAGAGCGGGGCGGUCAUAUUUCUACCCGAACUAGAGCGGGACAGAUCGGAUAUAGGUCUUGACCAGGUCGGGGCGGGUUGAAAACCCGGCUGGACCCGUGGCGGGGCGGAUACCCUACUUGCCUCGCCCUGCCUCUAGGUGGGUAACCUACCCGCUUCUCCUCCGACCUCCGCGUAAACCCUACCCGCUCGACCAGCAAUGAGGCGGGUUGAAAACCCGUCGCCGGCGGGCUGAGACAGGUCGACACCACGUCUGCAGCCUGCCGGCGACGGGUUUUCAGCCCGCCUCGUUGCCGGCAUCAGAAAUAAAAAAAAGAAUGCGAAGGAGCAACUUUCACCACAGAUCUGGCUAGGAGGAAUGACGAUGACGGUGCGGCUUCAGGCGGCUUCUUCUGGGAUGCUACCGACAGUGAGUCUCGUGGUUGGCGGUGGGCUUCUUCUUCCUCCUCCGAUGGGGAGAGUCUCGUGGCUGACGGCGUCGUGGGAUGGGAGGGGAGGGGAAGAGCGAACAGGUGGCUGGCGGGAAGGGAAGCCUCUUUGCUGGUGGCGCCAUGGCGGGGGGAGGGUGGCUGGUGGCGGGGUAGAAGGGCGUUGGAGAUGGGAGACGAUACAGGAGAGGGGGAGGGGAUGGGCUGGUGGGUUGGACUUGGGUGGAUGGGUUUAGGUUUAGUUGAGGGUAAAAGUGUCUAUUUGGAUAGUUUAGGGCGAUCAAAUUCAAAUAUUUAGGGCGUUAAAUAGCAUUCCAGUUCUUUUUUUCCUUUCUCAAUUCCUUUUCACAGUUCCUUUCUCCUUCGUUCUUUCUUUGUGGUGUUUGUUCCACUUUUUUUCCCCCCUCUUUCUAAUCAAUGGAAUUGAGUCUUUAGGGGAAGACAAUGACAUUGCUGUAAACUCAGUCGCAUGGUUACUUUCGAGGGGGAAGAGGGAAGGUAGCUGAGUCGACUCUUCGAUUGAUAAUCUUAUUUGAACUUUCGUAAUGUUGUAGAAAGUCGAUACAAUCAAUGUCUGAGUACUAUUAGAUGAAUAAGAACACAUGCAUUCAGAGAUCGAAAGUAAAAAAAUGGCUUCAUUUUUGGUUUCUCAUAGGUUCCAAACAAGAAUUGUUGAAUCCCAAUCCGUCUCCAUCAUUCUUCGGAUUGGUAGGCGUCCGGUACUAUAUCUCUGAUGAGAAGGACGUGUUGUAUGGAUGAAUGGCGGAUGUCAGAGAGACAGAAAGCUCAUACAACGAGAGAGGAGUACUACCAGGACCACAACCAUUACCAACCGCAUCGAGAGUCCAGAGGUCUCAUAGUGGUUCAUAGGAGAUCAUGUCAUGCAGGUGGUAUUCUAGUAUGAUUCGAUGGUGCUCUGAAACCAAAUCAAAGCAGUGAAAUCGGUUUCGUUGAAUUCUAAGGUGUUGGAUCGGUCCUUUUUCUUGCGUUUGAUUAAUUCUAUGAUGGUAUCUCAUUCGUCCUAUAUGUUAUUGUUUUUUUUUUAACGAAAGCUUCUCGCUCUUUGGUAUGGGGCUAUAGUGGGUGAAAUUCUCAUUUUCUUCACAUAUUUUUCUUGAAACUUCAAAAAACUACCCAACAAAAAAUAAAAGCAGAUGUGUCAACGACGAUUCGGUUACAUACAAACUACCAUUUUAUUUAUAAUAUAUAACUGGGUGUUUUUUUUUUUUUUUUUGCUUUAUUGACUUAUCUUUGGAAGAAAAUAUGAUGAGUAUC